UGUUUGUCUUGUCGAACACGACAUACCAAGUGUACUAUCAGCCAGGAUCAAGAUGUGUGUUUGCGAUGUCAACAGCUGGGUAGGUCGCGUUGCAUCUUUGAAUCGGUAUGGAGGAUCAAACUAUGCAAAAACGCUACUAUAGCUGGCCAGCGUACCAAUUUUCUGUAUCGCCCUUCGCAGCCAUGGGUAUCAACGAGCACGAAGCUGGUAUUCGUCCUCGAAAACGGCGACGGCCGGGAGAACAUUGUCGGGAUAGCGCAUGAUGGAUCAGUCGUUGGUACAGAAGGCGAAAUAUGCACCAGCAACCAACUCUCAAAAGAUCAAGAUGAUAGAAAUGGUGCUCGAUCUGACCCAGAAAAGUCGAUGAACACGACGCCAGACGGUACUUGGGCGCACCCUCUACAUACCGCUAUAGAGCUUCUCACUCGCCAGGAUGAUGAAUCGCCAAAAUCACACAACCAACCUGAGCAGAAGAACGCUCCUGAUACGCGGACAUCGCUAUGCCACAUCCUAUCACCACCUUUGACCUCGGCCAGCAAGCCUUCCACCGCUUGCUCGUAUACACAUUCGCCUGACAGUCCUGAUGCACCUUCCCAUAGUCCUCGCUUCAUGAAUCUCUCAACUCAUCCGGUCACUUCUCUUACAUAUCGCGAAGUACUUCUCAUGCAACACUUCAUCCGCGUUGUAUCGCCAUGGGUAAGGCAGGUAACAAUAUCCACGAAAGAACGGUACACUAAUGGUGUGACCAGNCUUGACGUUCUGCAAGAUGUACCACGGUUUGCUCAAGAAGCGCCCCUUCGGGCGACCAAGUCUCCAAUGCUGCUUUUUGCAAUCCUAGCGACAUCAUCUCGACAUCAGGCUCUCGGAGACAAAGAUUGGCAAGAGGCUUCAAACUAUCUUAAUGAAUGCUUGGAGCUGGUCAUACACGCCCUCUCACGGCAGGAACAUUGCCACGAUGAGGAUUUGCUUGUGACUAUUGUCUGCUUGAGACUCUACGAACUGUUCGGUCAUGAAACCUUCAGCUCUCUUCAUCUUGAUGGGCUCGCCGGCCUGUCGAGUGCUAUACCUAAUUUUCUAAAUNNUCAGGGGGGUCUGGCAGAGGCGGCUGCCUGGGUGGCUCUUCGACAUGACCUCUUCAUUGCGAUGAUGAGCAAACAAGCGCCCAGGUUUAAGCUGGAAGAUUACGAGCGCUCGAGCGUUUUCCGGAGACGUACAGACCCCAGCGCUACGGCCUAUGCAAUUAUUCUGAUAUGGGCAAAGAUCUUGCGGCAUCUGUACUCGACAGAGCGGGACAAUCUUUCUACCACCUGGUUGGGUCUUGAAGAUGCUGUCAAAAAUUGGUACAACGACAAAGGCUUUCAGCCUGUCUUUCAACAAGAUGCGAAUGUGGAUCUCGACCAGCCGUUUCCAAUCAUUGGCAUGAUUAGUGCACCACAAGUUAUUGCUCUCCAGUAUUUCUACACCUGUCAAGCAUACCUCUACUUGUACAAUCCGCUCGACCCCCAGCAAGCUAUCCCUGAAGCAGUAAAUGAUGACCGAUAUCAAGCGGCAAUCAGCUCAAUAUGCUCCAUCAUUGGCCUCGCGCGAUCAAACGCCUGGGUGGACGAUGCAAACUUUCCCGCUUGCCAUAAUUUGAUCACAUGUAAGAGAAAAAUAUCAAACGAGUCAAGUUGGUCAAACGAGAUGCUAACACGAGCAAGGNNCGGACAUCUUAUCGCUGAUCCAUUGCAGCGUGACCAUGCUCUCCAGUUCUUGGGAUACAUCAACAAACACUUCGGAUAUCGCAUCGAUAGGACUGCAAAUCUAUUGAAAUAUAAAUGGGCAGAGUCCGAUGCCCUCAAGAAGGAC